AAGAAGGGGGGGGGGGGGAGUGUGCCGUAGCAUCUUUUCUCCAUCAGCCGACUCGCGCGCCCUCCCCUCCUCCGUCUCUCACGCCUGGUACUCCGUUGCUAUGGAGUUGACGUCAUCCUGCAGUGCAGCGCUCGGCGGAGGGGAGCCGCGAGCCUCGGUAGCGGCGCGAGCACAGUCCCGCACACCGCGAGCAGGGAAGGACGCCGGAGCGCGCGCAGCCGCCGAGCCUCAAGCCUCACCGCCCAACCGUCGCCCGAAACGCGCCAGCGUCGACAUGCGCGAGAUCGUGCACCUGCAGGCCGGCCAGUGCGGCAACCAGAUCGGCGCCAAGUUCUGGGAGGUGAUUAGCGAUGAACACGGCAUUGACCCCACCGGGACAUACCACGGAGACAGCGACCUGCAGCUGGACCGCAUCAGCGUGUACUACAAUGAGGCCACAGGAGGAAAGUAUGUCCCGCGUGCCAUUCUCGUGGACCUGGAGCCCGGGACCAUGGAUUCGGUCCGCUCAGGACCCUUCGGACAGAUCUUCAGGCCCGACAACUUUGUCUUUGGUCAAAGCGGUGCUGGGAACAACUGGGCCAAGGGCCACUACACGGAAGGGGCAGAGCUUGUGGACUCGGUGCUAGAUGUUGUGAGGAAGGAAGCGGAGAGCUGUGAUUGUCUGCAGGGCUUCCAGCUAACGCACUCACUGGGUGGUGGCACGGGCUCCGGCAUGGGAACCCUGCUCAUUAGCAAAAUCCGCGAGGAGUACCCUGACCGCAUCAUGAACACCUUCAGUGUGGUGCCCUCGCCCAAGGUGUCCGACACGGUGGUGGAGCCUUACAAUGCCACGCUCUCCGUGCACCAGCUGGUGGAGAACACUGACGAGACCUACUGCAUUGACAAUGAGGCGCUCUAUGACAUCUGCUUCCGCACCCUCAAGUUGACCACGCCCACCUACGGUGACCUCAACCACCUGGUGUCGGCCACCAUGAGCGGCGUCACCACUUGUCUGCGCUUCCCUGGCCAGCUCAAUGCCGAUCUCCGCAAGCUGGCCGUCAACAUGGUGCCAUUCCCACGUCUGCACUUCUUUAUGCCUGGCUUUGCCCCCCUCACCAGCAGGGGGAGCCAGCAGUACCGCGCCCUCUCUGUGCCCGAGCUAACUCAGCAGAUGUUCGAUGCAAAGAACAUGAUGGCGGCAUGCGACCCGCGGCACGGGCGUUACCUCACUGUGGCUGCCGUCUUCCGCGGGCGCAUGUCCAUGAAGGAGGUGGAUGAGCAGAUGCUGAACGUGCAGAACAAGAACAGCAGCUACUUCGUAGAGUGGAUCCCGAAUAACGUGAAGACGGCCGUGUGCGACAUCCCACCACGCGGCCUCAAGAUGGCUGCCACCUUCAUUGGCAACAGCACGGCUAUCCAGGAGCUGUUCAAGCGCAUCUCGGAGCAGUUCACGGCCAUGUUCCGCCGCAAGGCCUUCUUGCACUGGUACACAGGCGAGGGCAUGGAUGAGAUGGAGUUCACCGAGGCUGAGAGCAACAUGAAUGACCUGGUGUCUGAGUACCAGCAGUACCAGGAUGCUACGGCCGAAGAGGGCGAGUUCGAAGAAGAGGGCGAAGAGGAGGUUGCUUAAAGCGCACAGUGCGCUCCUUUUUCUUCCGUCGUGUUCAUCUGGCAUCUGCCCCAUAGCUCCACCCCCUCCCUCUUUCCCUCGCUCCCCCCUUUGUCUUUCUCCAGGAAGGAUAGUGUGCCCUGACAGUGAGUAGACCUCCCCCCAAAAGCACCACCCCUCCCCCUUUCCUUGUGCGCUAGUGGAGUUGUUGUUUGAUUGGUUUCUGUUCAUCACAAACACACUGCCGCGUGUUCCCGUGCUGAGUCAUGCUCCACGACAAAACGCAGAGGAUGCUACCUGUAAGCACGGAAGUGAACGUGAAGUCUCUCGAUUCGGUAAUGUUUCAAUAAAGGCAUGACCACACAA